UCUGCGAUUAUCCAUGAUGUACACAACUCGAUCCCAUGACACCAUUUCUUGUUGUGCGUCAUCUGGUCUAUCUGUAAAAGAAAUAAAGAAAAAGAAAACAAGAGCUUCUCAACUUAAUCCUCUCUACCAAGGUCGUGAAUAACUGCACAAAAUAUUUGUCCAUUUCCUGAUUUGCCUUCCUCGUUUAGUUCAAAACUAAUGCUACUAUCUAGAUACAUCCACACACACUAUCUCGAAUACAAUUGAAAAUUAUUUUUAAAUUCUGAGCAUAAUUCUAAUUUUGCUGUUCAUUUGUAAUUUAGUCAAUACAUUUAGCUAGCUUAAGAAAGGAAAAUGAAGUAAUGCCUUAAAUAAAGUACCUGCAAGAAGUUAAACAAUUUUUUUAAGUUGUCUUCGGUAUAAAUCAAAGAAAGUAAUCGGUUUUUUAUUGAUAUUUGCUACUUCUAAUAACGUUGAUAUAAUGACAACAAAAAAUCGCUUUUCUUUAAACGACAUUAAAGGCUUACUUAGUACCAUAAAAUUUCCAUGCUUCUUUGGUUUAUGAGUUUUCUACUCCGAACGUCGAUGAACUUAUACAAACACUUGCAAAAUAAUUUAUACUGGGAUUAAAUUUCACGCUGCGGUAUCUUUAAAAAGUUGCUACGAUCGACAGAUUAUCUUUGCAUUAACAUUCAUGAAAUUUCGCAAGACUUUUUAAUAGAAAUAAAAAACGCUGAAAUAAAAGUAAGAUGAAAGUCCCUUCCUUACCUUAGAUCAUGAGUUCAACUCCUAUUUCUACAUCGUAUUCUAUACAGCCUGGUUUUCAUUGCAUUCAUAGAGCAUAGUUUGAUUUACCUGAUAGGAAAUAUGCAAUGAGCUAAUCAGAAUUGAAAGCAAAUGUGUCUUAAUGAGAUAGCUCAACGUAAAUCAAUCAAUCGAGCUUGAAUAUUUUAUAGUUUAUGAAUAUGUAUUCCAUGUUGUGAUAAAAUAAACCUUUUGAGAAACAUGAAAAAUAAUUCAAUAGAAAAAUGCAUGAGUAAAAGCAAAUUUUGAUUCUUUUGUUGAUGUUGCUAGCUUUUGUGAAACAGUAAUUAAUUUGUACGAAUCGUGUACGGACGGACGAUUAAAGCAAACGAAAUAUUUUUUAAAGAAGCAUCGUAACACAGAGAUAUCUAUAAAUGGAAUAAUUAUAAAGCAACACUGUUACCAUAGUAAUGAUGGAUAAUAGGCGAGGAAGUUCUACACCUGGAAAAUGGCACGCCUCAAAUAUUCAAUAAAGCAACAUGAUUCGCUGAUUUUCCUCAUCCAGUUCAUUUCAACCAAUAAAACACAUUCAAAUUAAAAUACGCAGAGUUAAAAUAAAUUUACGAAGUACUUUAUCAAUUAAAAUUAUGUUGUUGUAUGCAAUUCAUUUUCGCCGACACAUUUAAAAAAUUACAUCCAAUGAGAAAUCGAAAAAUUCUUUCUAUUUUCUGUCACCUUUUCGUUCCAGAUUAAUCAACCUUACAUGAAGUACAACAUAGAAAGUUGAUAAAUGAAAUUUUGCUGCUUACCCACCUUGAUUCUUUGUAACAAGUAUUAAAGAUGGCAAAAAGACCAAAAGAGCGCGCUAUUUUGUUUUAAGCAAGACAAAAACUUUAUACGGUAGCCGAAUACGACAUGAUGGUUCGUUUAGAAGACGUGCCGUUAAAACCAAUCGCAAAAUGGAAGCGAAAUAAGCGGAACUACGAAACCGUUGAUGAUAAAGAUUCAAGUAACGAAGAGGAUAAUUUCUAUUUAUCAGAUGGUUAUGUCUCACUUGACUCGGAUGACGAAGAAAUUCGAAGAAGAGAGUAUCGUUAUAGACGUCAACGAUGGCAUAGUUGCAAGUCCUGGUGUUUGAGAUGUUUUUCAAAACUCUGUGGAAAUGGUGAAUUUAAGGCGAGAACAGUUCAUAUUGGAAAAUCGACUCAGCGGCAAGAGUUCCCUGCAAAUGUUAUUCGAAAUCAAAAGUACAGCAUCAUCACUUUUAUACCUUUGGUGCUAUACAAUCAAUUCAAGUUCUUUCUCAAUCUCUACUUCCUGCUUGUUGCCAGUUCACAAUUCAUUCCAGAUCUGAGAAUUGGAAAGUUAUACACAUAUUGGGGACCUUUGAUGUUUGUCUUGUUUGUGACGAUGUGUCGGGAAGCAUUCGAUGAUUUCAUAAGAUUUUUGAGAGAUAAAGAAGUCAACUCUCAGAUGUAUAAAAAACUUACCAAAAAAGGUAUUUUAGAAGUACACAGCUCACGUAUACAAGUCUCGGACAUUAUAAUUGUUGAAAAGAAUCAAAGAAUACCAGCGGAUAUGAUAUUUCUACGAACGACUGAAAAGAAUGGGUCGUGUUUUAUAAGAACAGAUCAACUUGACGGUGAAACUGAUUGGAAAUUACGUAUUGCUCUUCCAGCAUGCCAAAGUCUUCAUUCCGAUUAUGAUCUCUUCAGCAUAAACGCGUUUAUACAUGUUGAAAAACCACAGAAAGAUAUCCACUCGUUUGUUGGCACUAUGGUUCGGAAAGUUGAAAGCGAAGGUGAAGAUCCAGUGAAUAUUGAAAAUACGUUGUGGGCGAACACUGUUGUUGCUACAGGAACCGCUGUUGGUAUCGUUGUUUAUACUGGUCGCGAAACCAGAAGUUCCAUGAAUACAACGUCUCCUAGCAGUAAGGUUGGCUUGCUGGAUAUUGAAGUGAACAACUUGACGAAGGUUCUUUUCAUUGCCACGAUGAUUUUGUCUAUUGUAUUGAUUUCCGUCAAGGGGUUUGACGGUCCUUGGUAUCGCUAUUUCUUUCGAUUUGUUCUCUUGUUUUCUUAUAUCAUUCCGUUGAGUUUACGUGUCAGCCUUGAUCUGGGAAAAGUCGUUUACUCGUGGAUGAUAACACGUGAUCAAGAGAUGCCUGGCACGGUCGUGCGUUCUAGUACCAUACCAGAAGAACUGGGUAGAGUUGCGUAUCUAUUAACGGAUAAAACUGGAACGCUCACUCAAAAUGAAAUGGUUUUCAAGCGAUUACAUCUUGGCACUGUUUCUUUUGGUACAGAUUCGAUGGAUGAAGUUGUGAGUUAUCUUCAAACAGCCACCGCAACAACGACGACUUCCACAGCGACCAUAAAAAAAUCAGGACAGUCUAAAGUUCGUCGGACGGUCGUUACUCGAGUUUAUGAAGCCGUCAAAGCUUUGGCGUUGUGUCAUAAUGUCACUCCAGUGCGCAAAGGAGAAGGGAAUGGGGAGAGUUCACCAAACCACGUGAAAGAGAACGAGACAACAGUUGAUAAUGAUGAUGACAGUGGUACAAUUGAUGAUUUCACGUAUCAAGCAUCUAGUCCAGAUGAGGUUGCCCUUGUCUCUUGGACAGAAACUGUUGGCUUGAGUUUAAUACGGCGUGACUUAAAUUCACUUACACUUCGAUCACCUCACGGUGAAAUUAUGCAAUAUGAUAUUUUACAAAUUUUUCCUUUCACUUCGGAAUCAAAGCGAAUGGGGAUAAUUGUUAAGGACCAUCAGACGGGCGAAAUUACGUUUUAUCUUAAAGGUGCAGAUAUUGUGAUGGCGAACAUUGUGCAGUACAACGAUUGGCUUGAAGAGGAGUGUGGAAACAUGGCUAGAGAGGGUCUCAGAACUUUGGUUGUGUCUAAGAAAGUUCUCUCUGACGAACAGUAUCAUGAUUUUGAGUACCGCUACGGACAAGCUAAAGUCAGUUUGACUGAACGAGCAGCAAAGCUCAGUGCUGUUCAAAGUAGUUUAGAGAACGAUAUGGAAUUACUUUGUCUUACUGGUGUUGAGGAUAAGUUACAGAUUGAUGUUCGACCAACACUUGAGCUUCUAAGAAAUGCAGGAGUAAAAAUUUGGAUGCUGACUGGAGAUAAACUUGAAACUGCUACAUGCAUUGCGCAGAGCUCUCGACUGGUUUCAAAAUCUCAGACUAUCCAUACUUUUAAACAGGUUAAAGAUCGUAGCGAAGCGCAUUUGGAACUCAACUCAUUUCGACGUAAACAUGACUGCGCUUUGGUGAUCAAGGGUGAUUCAUUAGAGACAUGCUUGAGACAUUAUGAACUAGAAUUUAUGGAAUUGGCUUGUCGUUGUCCCGCUGUGGUUUGUUGUCGUUGUUCACCUCAACAAAAAGCAGAUAUUGUUACACUUCUUCAAACUUACACCAAGAAACGAACAUGCGCAAUAGGUGAUGGUGGUAAUGACGUCAGUAAUCAAGCUGCAAACGUUGGAGUGGGUAUUGAGGGAAAGGAAGGUCGCCAGGCUUCUCUUGCUGCUGAUUUCAUUACUCAGUUUAAAUAUCUUGGCAGGUUGCUGGUAUGGCAUGGUCGAAAUAGUUACAAAAGGUCGGCAGCCCUGAGUCAAUUUGUUAUCCAUAGAGGUCUUAUUAUAUCUAUUAUGCAGGCUGUAUUUUCGAGCGUCUUUUAUUUUGCAUCGAUCGCUCUCUAUCAAGGUUACCUUAUGGUUGGUUACUCAACUCUGUACACGAUGUUUCCUGUCUUCUCAUUGGUUCUCGAUGAAGAUGUCCCGGAUGAAAUAGCCCUUAGAUUUCCCGAGCUUUACAAAGAUUUGUCGAAGGGUCGUUCUUUGUCCUACAAGACGUUUUUUAUUUGGAUAUGGAUCAGUAUAUAUCAAGGUGGUAUUAUAAUGUUUGGUGGUAUAUUGUUAUUCGAAGACGAUUUCAUUCAUGUUGUUGCCAUAACCUUCACAUCUCUUAUCCUCACCGAACUUUUAAUGGUUGCUCUCACUAUACGAACAUGGCAUUGGUUGAUGGUGGCGGCUGAAGUGUUUAGUCUUUCCGUCUAUAUAGCGACUUUGGCUCUAUUUAAAAAGUACUUUGAUGAGCGAUUUUUGGUCUCGUUGAACUUUGUCUGGAAGGUGUCUGUAAUAACUUUGGUCAGCUGUCUGCCGUUGUACAUCCUGAAGUUUUUACGCCGAAAAUACGCGCCGCCUAGCUAUUCCAAACUUUCUUGAUGUGUGUGAAGAGCACAUUGUUUGUUUUUCUAAUAUGUGAAAUAAAGUGCUGGAAAUAAAACCAGCCGAGUUAGAAACUGCGGCAAGGUCAGUUUUGAAUGUUUCUUCGCAUCUGGGGGUGAGAUAAGCAAUUAUCAUAUCCAAUGUAAAGUGUAAACAUUUUUCACAUUUAUUUAUUGUCAACUCUCUCUUGCAAAGAGUCAUGAUGUAUUUACUAUUAGUUGUAGCAUAUCAUUUGAAAUCAUAGUACAAUUUGUUUAGUUGAAUGUCAAAUCAGUAGGCAAUAUGAUAUCCAUCGUAUUUUGUCUAUACAA